CCUCUUCCUUUCUCUCUUCCUUUCUUCCGUCCUCUCUUUCUUCCACUCGUCUUCCUUCUUGUCACUCAGCCACUCCAUACACGGAAUCUCUACUACAUCAACACACUCUUUAUAAAGAACUAAGCACAAUGACUCGCACCCGCACUGGCGACUACAAAGAUCCUGCCGUUGCCCAGCGCGACCGCCACGUCUCGAGAAACGGCGCUGAUCCCAGGGCUAUCCCAAAGAAGGCAGGAGCCGGACAUCGCAACUGGGGCGUCCUAGGAUGCGAGCUCGAUAGACAGGAGCAAUCCUCCGCUUUGAGCAACAUGGCCAUAUCUCCUCCUGAGAACAAGAUCACUGUGAUCGAUGCCGAGACAUUCAGUCGUCUUCAGAACGGUGGAUCCAACACCAGUGAAGAGGCGGAGGAUUAUGGUGAACAGCGCGAUGCUGACGAAAACGCUACCUCUUCCACAUCGGCAUCGUAAACAACCAGCAAUCAGGAAGCGGCGUCAUGGCUUAAGACUCUAGCGCGCGUCUGGCGGUCUUGUUCUAAUUUGCGGGCACCUCCUUUGUCCUCUCACCCAAUUGCGUUCGUUCUAAUCUUGCUCGCAAUCUUUCAGCCUAAAUUUUCACUUUGUCCUUCGCCCAUGUAAAUAUAUUCUUAUAAAAAAUGCGCA